AUGGGAGGGGAUGUGCUCAGAAGGUGCCUCCCUUGCAGGGGCCGACGUUCCUGGCUCCCCUGCCUGGGGACCCUCCUGGGGACCCUCCUCCUGGGAAUGCUCCUCAUCUACAUCUCCGUGCCCUUCCUCAUCCGCCUCUUCCCCAGCGUGCUCACCAAAUUUGUCUACCUGAACUUCCUGGCCUUCCCCUUCUUCGCGGACUUUCGGCGGCCGGAGCUGCUGGUGAACAACACCAUCAGCCUGCACCUCACCACCGAGCCGGGCGUCACCGUUGGCAUCUGGCACACGGUGCCGGGCAGCAGAGCGGCCGAGGCGCGGGGCCAGGACCGGCGCUGGUACGAGGAGGCACUUGCUGAUGCUCACCCCGUGAUCAUCUACCUGCACGGCAAUGGAGGCACCAGCUGGCAGUGCUGCAGGGCUGGGGCUGCUGCGGGUGUCAUGGCUGCUCCCCCUCACUGUCACCUCCCCUGUCACAGGAUUGCCACAAAUGCAGCAAGGAAACUGCAGGAGGAGCGAGGGGUCCAGGUUGAUGCCGUUGUCCUGGAGUCUCCCUACACCAACAUCCGAGAGGCAGCUGCCCACAUCCCCAUCACCAAGAUCUACCGCCAGUUCCCGGGUUUUGGGUACCUCAUCCUGGACUCGCUGGCUCGGGCUGACAUGUUCUUCCAGAGCGAUGAGAACGUGAAGGUGCUGGCCUGUCCCCUCCUCAUCUUGCAUGCAGAAGAUGAUGGUGUUGUGCCUCCACACCUGGGACGCAAGCUCUAUGAGACAGCUCGCAGCGCCUACAAGGACAAAACCAAAGUGAAGUUCAUUACCUUUCCCGAAAAGUUGGGCUUGGGCCACGACUACAUCUCGUCCAACCCGGAGCUGCCAGCCCUGGUGAAAGACUUUUUGAACAUGAAGUGACGCCAACUGCUGCGUGCAGCGACCACGCACUCCCUCCAUCCCCCUCCAGGACCCCCACAUGGCACUGAGCUUACUGCUGUAAGUAAUAAAAACUACUGAAAAACCUUUUAA